CGUCUACACAUAAUCAGUAAUUCAGAAUCCACUCAAAUACCUCUACCUUCAUAGCAACCACCUUCCUCCCACUUCCCUCCAUCAACCAGAGGUUGCCGUCGCUGGCCGCUCAUGUAACUGUUGAACACGCCGCUUACCUCGCCUGGUCGCCCCUCCAGUCUCUAGCCUCUACUCAUCUCGCCGUCACUCACCUCUACGGGUGCAUUCUUUACAUGGAGGCUCUAUCAGCAGAUUGCACAACUGAUUUGAAUAAUGAGUUUGAGUGGUCUUCAGAGGAUGAAAUAGAUGAUGCUGAAGGGUUAGAGUACGGAGACAUUUUGGGGAUGACUGCUGGAGACAUAAUGAGGAUGGUUUUCUGCAGUGAUGACGGAGCUUAUGAGUUUUACAGGGUGUUUGGUAAAUUUCACGGAUUUGGCAUUCGAAAGGGUGAUUGUGGUAAGGAUGAUGACGGAAGGUUGAUUAGGAGGAGGUUUUUCUGUAAUAGGGCAGGAUUGAGGGAGCAUAAACACUACAACCGAGUUGAUAGGCGGCGGGAGCAUAAGCCUGAGACCCGCACAAAUUGUGAUGCAAAGUUAUCAGUUUACCUUGAUAUCAAUAGCAAUGUUUGGAGGGUUAGGAAGGUAAUAUUGGAGCAUAAUCAUGAUCUGACACCGGCAGGAAUGGUGCAUAUGAUACCAAAUUUUAGGAAAAUGACUGAAUCAGCAAAGGCACAAAUUCAUAGGAUGCAGGCUCAUGGAGUCCCAACAUCUAAAAUAUUAGGGUAUAUGGCUGGCCAGGCAGGUGGUUAUUCCUUCAUGGGGUUCAGUAAGAAAGAUGCAUAUAACUAUGUUGACCAAAGUAAGCGUGCCAAGAUAGUGGAUGGGGAUUCUAAUGCCGCAAUCGUAUACCUAGAGGGAAAGGCAGUUGCAGACCCAAUGAGCAUGUCAAGAUACAAUUUAACUGAGGAUAACAUGUUGGCAAACAUGUUUUGGGCCGACGGAGGUAGUAGGACUGAUUAUCAAUUUUUUGGGGACGUUCUUGCAUUUGACUCAACGUAUAAGAAGAAUAAGUACAAAAGACCAUUGGUGAUAUUUUCAGGUUCUAACAAUCAUAAACAGACCACAAUUUUUGGAUUCGGGCUAGUGCUAGAUGAGAGCAUUGGGUCGUACAAGUGGCUUUUAGAAAAUUUGCUAGAAGUGAUGUGUAACAAGAUGCCUUCGGUCAUUGUCACCGAUGGUUGUGACUCAAUGAAAGCUGCCAUAAAGUCCGUUUUUCCGGAGGCAACCCAUAGGUUAUGCGCGUGGCACAUGGAAAAAAAUGUCACUGUGAAUGUUAAAGAUGCUGGGUUGCGUCAACUUUUCAAAAAGUGGUUGUAUGCUGAUAUGGAGAUCGAGGAUUUUGAAGAAGAGUGGGCAGCAGCUAUGGAGGAGCAUGGUUUGCAUGACACCUUUUGGUUUAGGAAAACUUAUGAAAAGAGAAGCAUGUGGGCCAAUGCAUACCUUCGCGACAAGUUUUGUGCUGGGUUUCGGACAACUUCUCGGUGUGAACUCGAAUGUUAAAAAAUUUUUAAAGUCAAGACACAGCAUCCUUGAGAUGGUACAAAACCUUGAACUGCUUGUGCGAGAGUAUCGGAAUAAUGAACUACUUGCACAAUUUAGAUCAAUAAAUGGUGUUUCAGUGAUGACUACUUGCCUAGACCCCCUUGAGAAGUUUGCUGCGAGUGUUUAUACACGAGAGUUGUUUGUUGAUGUGAAGAAAGAGAUAGAAGGUGUUGGUGCCGUGAACUUCGUGGCAAAAGUGAGACGAUCUACCACGAUGGUGUACACGUUGGAGGAGUAUGGGGAGCCCGGAAGACACCUAAUUGUGUUGUAUGAUAGGGUUUUUAGCAAUCUUGUGUGUCCCUGAUAUUUUUGGAACAAAAAAGGGUAUCCAUGUCGACACAUGUUCUUCGUGAUGAAAUACGAGCACCUAACAGAAAUACCUGACCAGUUGGUGUUGAAAAGAUGGAGGCAAGAUGCAAAGUCAUUGGAGCACUAUGUUGAGGUUACAGACGAUGGUAGUGAGAGGAGUAUUUUACUUCGACAUGGGGCACUCCAUGCUGCGUCACAAUGGAUGUUGUUUGUCGGGUCAAGAAAGUCGUCAUUCUUCAUAAAGGCGAUUAAUGGGAUACGUGCAAUAUGUGAGGAUCUUGAAGCAAAUUGCAAAGAUUUUACCGGUGCAAAGAAACAAACGAACGUGUCUCAUAUCAAUGACCCGGUUGUCGUGAAAACGAAGGGAGCUCCUCGGGUGAAAAGGCAAAAUGGUAAGAAACGACGGUGCGGCAAGUGUAGGAAAUUCGGUCACAACAAAAGACAAUGCCGGGGUCGGGGUGAGGACAUGGCAUCGAAUCGUGAAGAGCAGUUACAAGAGGAGGGAGUUGCUGGUUUUGGACCGGAAGGGUUAUCCCCGACGGAAUUUCUUGCAGGUUCAAUGUUCAAUAUCGCCUGCCAGUAAGAAGGAGAGGAGUUGGGAAUAUUCACGUGGUCUGAAUGCUGAUGGCCACAGUGAGUUUGUCGACCAAGCUGCUAAGGAGAACAAUGGGGAUCAAUUGAUGCAGAUGAUGAGCAAGAUUAGUGCAAUGAGUGCAAGGCUGGUAGACAUGCUUGGACAUCGUUGUUGAAAAAGGUGGUAACGAAAGCAUCGUUCUGAUGAAUCUAAGUGGAGGGCUGUUUGUUGCUGUGUUUCCAUAAUCAAUAGAAUAGGGCAUUGGACUAGUGAAACUUAUUGCCUUGUAUGAGCCAAAUUUCUUAUUAGACAACUAGAUUGCACAAGUUAUGAAUUAUGAAUGUUCCAGUCAUAUUUACUCUUUUUUUUUGUAUUGACACUUGGCCUUUAUUUCAUGGUUAUACAUAGAAAUGAGAAAAAAAAAGU